AUGAGUGUUUAAUCUAAUCAGACAUUUAUGAAUUCAAAUGGAUUUAAUAAUGCUUUAAAAGAGCACACUGAAAAUGUGUUAAGUUAAAUUAAAGAAGUCAAUGAAAAAUAUAGAUAAGACUGCAGAGAUCAUUUGUCUGAGUCAACAAUCAAAUCCUCAAUCUAUUAAAAGGUGAAAAACGAUAGCUAAAUGUAAUUUGAUUUAACAGAGGAAAAAGAUAAUAGACGACUGAACACCACCAAUAAAAAAGAUUACUAAGGCUAAAGAUAAGUAUUAAUUCCUCAAGAUUCUUAUAUUAUUACAACAGCUGGUCCAAGUCCAUAAUAAAGUUUUGUUGAAUAUGCAUUAUGCUCUUUUGGAGAUACAACCAUAACUCCAUAAAUGGAUUUUCAGGUUAAGAGUUCCCAUUAAAAUUCGAAACAGGCAUAUAGCAAAUCGAUGAUUGAUAGGAUUUUGGAAUGCUUAGAUUUAAAGAAAUACUAAAGGGUAUUUAAAGAUUAAGAAGUCAAUAAUUUAAAUGACUUUGUUUUACUUGAAAAAUAAGAUCUAGUUGAGUUGGGAAUUCCUAUUGGGGCAAGGAAUAGAAUAGUUGCAUUUAAUUAGUAUUACUAAAAUAAUGGUUCUCUAAUAGACUUCAAUACAUUCUAGCUAGAUGAUUUAAUUUGUCUAAAGACCAAUUCAAAGCAAACAAAAUAAACAAACCCAGCAGAAACCUUAACUUGA